GCAACACUGCAUUCUAGCCGCAAUGAAUUCGCGUUAGGCCUAUUCCAUAUUCCAUCAGUGUUGACAGUUCAUUGGUAUAAAUGUUUCUUGUUGUUGUUUGAGGGUUGUUUGUGGUGCAUGUAUUAUAUUCUUAAAAAAAGCUUUUAUUGUGAGUUUCGUGGUCGCACUAAAUUUGUAAAUACCUUGUAAGCAACAUAGUAUUUGCUUCGCUUGAAGUUUCUAACCUAAAAUGUCAAUUGUAUAAAAUUCAAUUGCUAGAGGAUGGAUAUCGUCGGUAGCAGUUAUAUGCCGGGAGACCCAAGACUUGUACAACAAAUUGUAUGUGAGCUGAAGUCGCAAGGUAUUUUUGAUCAGUUUCGGAAAGAGUGCAUAUCAGAUGUAGAUACAAAGCCAGCAUACCAAAAUUUAAGGCAGCGAGUUGAAGGCAGUGUAGCUGCAUUUUUGAAAGAGCAAACUUGGUGCACUGAUAUGAAUAAGAACCAAGUUAGGGAGCAGCUGAGGAAGAGCAUAUAUGAGUCCGGCUAUUUGGACAUGGGGGUAGAGCGCAUCGUAGAUCAAGUGGUAAACCCCAAAAUAAAUACAGUAUUUCUGCCACAAGUAGAGGAGGUUGUUUACCGUUUUCUGGGUCUUCAAAAACCAGUCAGGACUGAUGUAAAGACAGAGGAAACAAAACCUGCACCGAAGGUGGAUAUUGCUGACUUACUUCCCACUGAUCUUGAAGCUAUCUCACCAGAAUCGGUAAAAAGUGGAACUGAAGUAGAUACUGCUGAUAAUUCAACAUUAACUGCUUUAAAAACUGAAGAAGAUGAGAGCCCUCCAUUUGAACCAUUGGAUACCCAAGGUGAUCCAGCAAACUUACAUGAAGACAAUUCUGUAGAUUCACAUUUAUCUGGGUUUUCUGGGCUGCAAAGUCAUGAUUCGAACGAGGGCUUGAAUAACACAGGUAUAUCUCGGAUGGAUUUGUCUAAUCAAGAUUCUCAAAUUUCACAAAACAGCUGUGACGACCGAUUGUCCAUCGACAUUUCGGAAGACACCAAAAUGGAUGCAUACAGUGAACCAAAAAUUGAAAAAUCGACUGAUUCCGAUACAAAGAUGUCGAAUGAUGUACUUCCAUUACAAGAUAUCGAGUUCAAGUUUAAAGAUGAUAAGAAAUCCCACAAAGACAUAAAGUAUGAUAGAAAGCACGGAGAAAAGAAGAGAGAUGAGAAAAGAGAAACGAAAAGCGAAAGUAAACGGGAUGAUAAACAUAAUUAUAAAAAGAAAGAUAAAAAUGCCGAUACAAAAGAUAAAAAAGAUGGCAAACACGUUAGUAGAUCUUCCGAGAAAAACAGCAAAAGCAGUAGCAGCAGUGGAAGUAAAGAGCGAGAAAAGGAUAGAUACAAAGAGGGGGACCGGUCCUUUUCCAAGCAUUGUUCAAAAUCCAAACAUAAAGAAAGUGAUAGAAAAGAUACGGAAAAUGUCGCUAAGGAAGAAAUUGACAAGGGAAUUCAUGAUCAUAAAGAUAGUGAUAAAAAAGAGGCGGAAAAGAACGACAGUGAUAAGAAAAUUAAACUCACUGAUGUCUCUUUAGGAAGGAGUGACAAACAUAGGAAGAAAGAAAAAGAUGAAAAGAGCAGUCAAGAGAAAUCUGAUAAAGAGGAUAGGAGCAAAGAUAACUCGAGUCGAGACAAAGAAGAUAAAAACAAAUCUGUUGGAAACAAUAAGGAAAAAUCGCAUAAAGAAAGGAAUGAUAAGAAAGAGCUGACUGUAGAUAAAUCCGGUAAAUCUAAAGAAAAGGGUAAGAGUUCUAGCAGUGGAAGAAGUAACAAACAUCACUCUGAUACAAAUAGUACGGAUAAAAAGAAAGAUGGAGGUAAGGAAACAAAAUCUUCAUCGAACAGUAGCUCCAAACACAAAGAUAAAACGAACAAAAGCGAAGAUGAUGCGAAGUCAAGGUCCAGGCACAAAAAGGAUUCGAAACGAGAUAAAAGUAGAGAUGAUCAUUAUAGUUUCAAAGAUAAAAAACGUAAUAGAAGAUCGACGGAUAGAGAUUCAAAUGAUGGUAACGCGGAGAGAAGCGUGCAGAAUAAUGUGGAUAACAGCAUGUCUUUAUCUCAGAAACAUAGCAGUGAAGCAGGCGACACAUCAUCGGUAGGCGGUAGUAAUAAUUCUGGCAACUCUGAAGCAGUCGAGACUGAAAAUUCUAGAGAGGCACCGGAUGACGCGCCGCAAAAAACCCAGUGCAAUGAAGUAGAAACAGUCAAGUACAUAAAACCGAAAUUUGCUUCGAAUUUAAAAGAAGCAAUGCGUAUAAUGAAAAUCAGAAGACAAAUCGCCAAACUGGAAAGACAAAACCAGUUAAGUUUGGUAGCCAUUGAUAGUCCUCAUGUGAAUGGAAUCAUAGUUAAGGAUGAGGAUAGCACUAAAGAAAUUGAAAAGGCUAAGAUUUGCGAGAAAGUCUUGAAUAUUGUUCUGAAUCGGAAAGAUGCUAUGGUUCAGAAGGUGGUAACAAGGAAGCCUUCAGGGGAGGGUGAUGAAGUUGAUGAUGGAAAGCCUGUACAUAAUAUGGAAGUUGCUGAUGCUAAAUCUGAAAUUACUCAUGACCAACCGAAGUUUAUACUGCAAACAAAAGAUUUGAGUAAAGAGAGGUGGGAGGCACUGGAGGCUAGGUAUGGAUCGCGUGCCAUUCGGCGGCGACUGAUGCUGGCAGUAUGUAACAUCUGCUUUAGAGAUGGCAUUAUAGACUAUAGAGGUCUAAGCUGGAAGGAAACGGCAGUGGAUAGAUUGGCCGAAGAAAUGUCGAAUGUAGAUUGCAGGUUAUAUGAUUAUUGCGAUGACUAUUACUCUUCAGAUAAUGAAGUUAUGGUCAGUCAUGUGAAGACCCAGCAAAUUAUCAGGGACGUGGAGAAACAUGUAAAAGACGAAAAAGAAGUUACGGAACAGGCUGAACAUGUUACAAGUACAGACCAGAUUAAAAAUAAUUCUUUGAAGAAUGAUAUUCAGGUAGAUGAUGACGGUACUAAUCUACAGAAGCCAGACGCAUCCCUGCGAAAAAGUCUGAUUGAACAAAAUGAUAAUAACAUGAUCAUGACACUGGAGGAGGUAUGUGAUAGCAGUACGGUAGGGCUUGAUAAUGAAGUUAUAAUAAACGAACUGGAAUCAGAAGUAAUAGAAGAACAAGUUUUAACUGAAAAUAUUGUGAAUGAGGAAGUUAUUCCUACUGAAAGUAUCAUUGAAGAAAAUGUGAUUGAUUCAAAUACACCCUCUGUAGUUGAAGAAACUGGGUGCCUUGAGUUGGAAGAAGAAGAGGUAAUUGCACCAUCUGGAACUAUUGAUUAUGAAGGAGAUGUUAUUAUGACAAGGGAUGGUGUUACUGUGAUUCAAGAUGUAGAGGUUUCUGAGGAAAUCGUGGGAGCUAUGGAAAUAGAUAAAUCUGAUAUUACUGAGGGCUUAGACUUGGUUGAGCAAGUUGUAGAGGUUGCACCAGAUGACUUUGUAGAAGCAAACCAGACAUGUGAAAUCAGUGGCCCCAUGAUCGUGCUGAUUGCGGAAGAAAUCAUUAAUACAGAAUUCGAGAGUGAAUGUCGCUACCUGGAAGCUCAGAGUCAGUAUAUGAAAAAGAAUCUGGAAAACCUGUAUAAGCUCAUGAAGAAAUUGGAGGACGAUGUGGAGCAUAGUAUCAAAUCUUGUCAAAAUAACUUUGCUCCUUCCAUCCGUAACAAAGGGACGAAGAGAAAAUUAGAUGUGUUUGUAGAUGUUAGGAAUAAUAACAAGCAUCUUUAUGAAGAAAACAUAUGCUCUAAAGAGGUGUUUUAAAACGUCGUGGGCCGUGACCGUUACAUUAUGUGGAUGCCCAGAAGUCAGAUAUUAGAACGGCGGGAAGAAUAUUACCCUAAUCACAAAUAUCGACUUUUUCGGGGCAGACUGACUGGCACUCGGCUUUGAACAUCCAAGGGAGAACUAUCGGUAGCCAUCGGCGUGCGCCUAUAGAUUACGAUUUUGUAUGUUGGAUUUCCUUUAUGUUAGACCAGUUGCAGCAUUGGAACGUUUUCCAUUCCCACCUAGUCCAGCAGAUAGUGAAAAGUCCUGCGAUAAAAAAGAGAACGAUGGUGUAAAAUCAGCAAAGCAGAGGAGGUUGGCGAACAAAAACACUUCCAACUCAAAAGCACAGCGGUACUCGAGUGAAGAUUUAUAUAAACCAAGGCCUGUUUUCGGCAGUACUCGAAGAAGCAGGGGUGCCAAAGCCAUUGAAUGAAUUUUGGUUUUACUUUCUGAUCAUAUACUGUCUUAAGUGAAUUUUAUAUUUUUUGUAAGUUACUUGAUAUAAUUAUGUUUUUGAUAUAUAAUAUAAACAGUAUACAUAUUUAUGUUAUUUUAUCGAAUGUACAGCGUAGUACUUAACAUUCAACAAAUCCUAAUAUUAUGCUUUUCAGAUAUAGCAUGUCUUGCAUAUCGCGAAAAUGGAAAGAUUAAUUCAUUUUCCUCAAAAUAGUGCCAAAGUGCCAUCUAAUGCCAGAUAUACCUUAUAUCCCUGAUAGAGGACAGUCGCAUUAGCUUUCGUUCAUUGUCCUACCAGAGACAAUGCUGAUGCGUUGCCAAAUAGCACGAAACAGCUGCCCAUGGUUGGCCGCCUGUGGUAGGAUGAACAAAAGCUAUAUUACUAGGUCAUAUCCGUCGGUUAAGCUGUAUUUUUCGAUGCUUCUGAUCGGGCUUAUCACAAUGAUUCUUAGGCAAUCAAACCAUUAGAGUGAUGCAAUUCUCGCACUUCACUCACCACCAACGAUGCUUAGAGCUUAAGAUUUUCAUCUAAAAUUUGAGAUAGAUUUUACGAUGCAUAGGAAUACUGAGUCAAUCUACUUGGUUUCAUUUGUUUUGAAAGGUCAUCCAUGAAAUGAUGCAUGGACAGGGACACACACGAUUUAACAAACGAAAUGUUACCUGGCAGAGAGAUAAACAAAAUGUAUUGUCAAUUGUACUUGAAAAAAAGUCACCGUUCAGGCCGAAAAUUCGUACAAUAAAAAGGAGCUUUAAACAUAUGUGUGUUUUGAUUCAGCCACACAAACAUGGGGGAUUACCAGCAUAAAAACCACUAUUAUAACCGUAGUACAUAGAAGUCGUAAGUGAAUAGAACAUAAGUAUUGUACGGCUUGAGGGAUGUUUUAAAACAUUUUAUUGAAUAACAGGAAACCAACACCCAGAAUAAAAAAUAUUACAUAGCAAAUAGUGUCAAUUGAAUAAACUUUGAAUAAAGAUGAACUUGAAAUGCAAAUCUAAAGGAAAUGCCAUCUUUCGAUGUUUUUUUUAGACAGAAACUAGCUAUGAUGAUUCGAACCAAAAGCUUUCGCGUCGCCGAUGACUGCUAAAAAGUAAGGCAAGCGAACUCCUUCAACAUGAUCUUAUCGAUGGAAAUAUUGCAGCUUAAAAAAUGGGUGACACUAUCGGCCACAUAGUUUCCACUCGUACCAUAUCCC